AUGAUCUGGAUAUUCCCUGUGCUGGUUCUGCUGUGUUUUCUCCUCACACACCGCUGGAGAUACAAAACUGAGCCGCCUCUGGACAGAGGACUAAUCCCAUGGUUGGGUCAUGCACUUGAGUUUGGAAAAGAUGCAUCCAAGUUCAUAACCCGAAUGAAGCUGAAACAUGGCAACAUAUUCACGGUGCGUGCUGCAGGCCGCUAUGUGACCUUGCUGCUGGAUCCACACUCUUACGAUGAAGUCAUCAAUGACCCAGAUUCGCUGGACUUCGGGCGCUACGCUCAGGUGCUCAUGGAGCGUAUUUUUAACCUGCGGCUCCCUCUUUACCAGCCAGAGAAAGCCAAGACGAUGAUGAAAAGGCACUUUAUGGGAGGGAGUUUAUCAACGCUCAACAGCACUAUGAGUCGAAACCUGGAGACCUUGCUGAAAACCGAAAUGCCGCUCAACCAGAGGAACUGGAAGGAGGAGGGCUUGUUCCACCUCUCCUACAGCUUACUCUUUAAGGCGGGUUACCUGACGCUGUUUGGAGGAGAACAAAACAACAACAGCACAGAUCCCUCAAGAGUUUAUGAGGAAUAUAAGAAGCUCGACGGCGUCCUAUGCAGUCUGGCGAGAGGGACUCUGAGGAAAGAGGAGAAGAGGACUGCACAGAGCAUUCAGAGAAAGCUCUGGGAGCUGCUGGCUCCAGCAGGUCUCACAGAAGACUCUGGGUCAAGCCUCUGGCUCCACGCCUACAGGCAGCUCCUGACAGAGGAUGGCGUGGACGAAGAGAUGCAAAGAAGGGCCGUCCUGAUGCAACUCUGGGCCACGCAGGGAAAUGUCGGUCCUGCUGCAUUUUGGCUUUUGGGCUACUUGUUGACAAACCCUGAAGCCCUGACGGCAGUGAAGAGAGAGUUUGGCCAGAUUUCACAGAUGGCGAGUUCAGGGACUCCUCUCAUGGACAAAUCCACGAAGACCCCAGUGUUUGACAGUGUCUUGGAAGAGACUCUUAGACUCACUGCUGCCCCCUUCAUAACAAGAGAGGUAGUGCGGGACAAGACCCUCCACAUGGCUGAUGGUGGGGAUUACCUGCUGAGAAAAGGAGACAGGCUGUGUUUGUUUCCCUUUGUCAGCCCUCAGAUGGACCCAGAGGUCCACCCCGAGCCACAGAAAUUCCAGUUCAACCGUUUCCUGAAUGAAGAUGGAUCAGUGAAGAAGGACUUUUACAAAGGAGGAAAGAAGCUGAAAUAUUACACCAUGCCCUGGGGUGCAGGGACCAAUGGCUGCGUGGGGAGGCAGUUUGCCAUCAAUACCAUCAGAAAAUUUGUUUACGUGUUGCUGACCAGCUACGAUCUGGAGCUCUGUGACUCCAGCGAUCAGCUUCCGGAGAAAGAUGCCAGCCGUUACGGGUUUGGGAUGCUGCAGCCUCAGGCAGACCUGCUUGUCAGAUAUAAGCCAAGAGCAACGCGUUAAAUUUUAAACAUUUCAUCGCGAAAUCAUUGUUAAUAUUGUCAAUAUAAUUUUUGUACGUUUGUAUUUAUUGUUGUAUGUGUUUAUAAGAACAUUAUUUUUUCUAUCAAUAAAAAUGAGUAAUGUGUUUGCUGAA